CUGUCAGAACCAACCAUACCAAGACUUGAACUCUGUGCAGCAGUCUUGGCAGUGGAAAUGGCUGACCUCAUUCAGGACGAGUUGGACUUACAUUUUGAUGCAAUACACUUUUAUACCGACAGUAAGGUGGUGCUAGGCUACAUCUGCAACGACUCUAGAAGAUUCUAUACAUAUGUCCACAACAGAACACAGCGCAUUCGCCAGUCGUCAAAGCCAGAACAAUGGCACUAUGUGCGUACAGAGGAAAACCCAGCAGACCAUGCGUCGAGGUCAUUGUCAGCAGCUCAGCUAAAAAGGUCAACUUGGUUCACCGGACCAUCCUUCAUCCGCCAUCCUCUUGCAGAGAUACCACACGUGGGUGAAAUCUUUGAUUUAAUCGAACCUGACAAAGAUUCAGAGAUUAGGCCAGAAAUCAGAACUUAUGUUACUCACCUCCGAGUACUCAACAGUGAACGUUUCGAGCGCUUUUCUACUUUCAAGUCCUUAGUCAGAGCUAUAGCAAACCUUAUCCACAUCGCAAAAUCUUUCAAUGGGACUAAUCCAAACAGCAAAUGCAAAGGCUGGCACAAAUGUCACCUCCCGCGAACUCCAGAGGAGAUAGCUCAGGCAAAAACUGUCAUCCUCAAAGAGACACAAAAGGCUCACUUUGAAAAAGAACUUUCUGCCCUUAAUGCUGGUAAGCCAAUCUCAAAGCAGAGCCCUCUACAAAAGCUCAGUCCAAUCCUGCAGGAUGGUCUCAUCUCUGUCGGUGGCCGACUCAAACACUCAGAAAUUGAGAACUUGGAAAAAAGUCCAUUAAUUCUCCCUAAACACAGUCACAUCUCUCUCCUGCUCACUCGUCAUCACCACGAGCUAGUGGAACAUCAAGGCCGUCAUCUGACGGAAGGAGCCAUCAGGGCUGCAGGACUGUGGCUUUUAGGGUGCAAAACACUUGUCAACUCAGUGAUCCACAAAUGUGUAACCUGCCGCAAAUUGCGUGGGAAAGUAGAACAACAACUCAUGGCGGCUCUACCACCUGAACGCCUAAAGACUUGUUCUCCUUUUACUUAUGUUGGCCUCGACGUUUUCGGGCCCUGGACUAUUACUGCCAGACGCACCAGGGGCGGACUAGCUGAAAGUAAGAGAUGGGCCAUUAUGUUUACCUGCAUGAGUUCAAGGGCUGUCCAUAUUGAGGUAAUCGAAUCUCUAGACACCUCCAGCUGCGUAAAUGCCCUCCGUCGCUUCUUUGCUCUAAGAGGUCCCGCCAAACAGUUGUUGUCAGAUCGGGGCACCAAUUUUGUUGGGGCUUCCAAGGAACUAGGAAUGGACAAAUCAAUGCAGAAGUAUCUAACAGAGCAAGGUUGCAGCUGGGAGUUCAAUCCUCCACAUGCGUCUCACAUGGGAGGUUCUUGGGAGCGCAUGAUCGGAGUUGCCCGCAGAAUCCUGGACUCCAUGUUGCUGCGAAAUAAGAUACAGUUGACUCAUGAGGUGCUAUGCACACUCAUGGCCGAAAUAACAGCCAUCAUAAACGCAAGGCCACUUGUCCCAGUGUCGUCGGAUCCAGAGAACCCCUUUGUUCUAUCCCCAUCGAUGCUCAUUACACAGAAAUCUUGCCUUCAACCUCCACCCGGAGACUUCUUGGAUAAAGACCUUUACACCAAACAAUGGAGACAAGUUCAAGCUCUUUCCAACCAGUUUUGGACACGCUGGAGGCAUGAGUAUUUGCCCACAUUGCAACAAAGACAGAAAUGGACUGUAUCAUGUAGAAACCUUCAAGUUGGUGACCUAGUUCUGCUAAAGGACGCGCAAGUUACACGCAACAGCUGGCCCAUGGCAAAGGUUAAUGCAACAUUCCCAGGCAAAGACAGUCGAGUAAGAAAGAUCGAGGUAAAGGGAUGGAGUCAAGGUUGUGUAAAGACAUUCAUGCGACCAGUUACAGAAGUUAUCCUUCUCAUGCCAAAGGACUGAAUGUUUAAUGGAUUGUUUAGUAUAGUGGCCUCAUUAGUGUAGUGGCCAGGCGGGGAGUGUGUUGUCCUUAAGACAUUCCUAUAAAUAAGUAAGUUCAUAAGGUUGAAUAAAUAAUUCUAAAAGUAUUUCAUUGUAAUUAAAAUGAUUGCAAGUUGUUUAGACAAACAAUUUAUGCUUUAUAUAAGUUUUUAUAAAGAAUGCUUUAUCGGUAAAUUCUACUUCCGGUUCCGGUUACAUACUUCCGGUUCCGGUUACGUACUUCCGGUAUUCCGUUUUUGCUAAAAACAAAGGUUCACAUGCAAGAGGCAGCAUGGAAAUGUUAUCCGAUGCCAUCCACUCUGAAUUAUCAUGCAGGAACGCCUUUUCACCACAUGUUCAUGAAGACAAUUAAACAAGCUGCAACUGAACUCCAGGGUCUUCAUUUGUGGUUUAACUCGGUGUCACCAACAGCUACGUUGAAAACACUACAGUUUAUGUUCGCAUUUUGUUUAUUUAACUUGCUGUUUGCCGUUUAUUGUUACUCCUCGAUGUGUGUGCGUGGAAAUACAAGUAAGUGAUGUUACAUAUUAAUAAUAUUGUUUAUUUAGCAGAGUAUUUUAGUUUUACCCUUAAUUAAUAGCAUGCUCUGUUCACGUGCACACUUGAGAGUUAUACACGGUGGAUUUGUUUGUGUCGUGUAUUUAUGUAGAAAUGUGCAGUUAUUCAGUAUGUGUGAUGCUACUUCAGUCAGUUUAUUCAGACAUUGACGCUGUAUUGUUGUUUAAUUUCAGGAACCACACACAAUUACCUAGAUAAACCGCAAGUACGAGUUGAAUCA